AUGGAAAAUAUUUGUCGAAAAAUUCAAUUUUCCUUGAAAAGAGUUUGAUUUCCCGCAGCAUCAUAGUUUCCCACGAACUACAAACAACCCAGCCUAUCGCUAAGCUCCAUGUAGUGCCGUCCCGGUGCAUGUAUUCCUCGCGGUUCCUAUUUCCCUUACCGUCGCCCGUUGUUCGUCAUCGUUUGUUUUCUUCUGCUGGCCGGACGCCUGGAAACACCGACGAUAGCCACGGGACUUACGGAAUCGUUGUGAAAUUUGUGGCACAACCAACCUGACCGCUUGCAAUGUUACCCCGGGAAACCCACAGAAUGAACAGCGUGCUACCGCCGUUCGUUACAGCAAUCGACAUCGAUGAAAUUGAACAAAUCGCGACCGUAGGCAAAGGCUCAUUCGGCACGGUGAUUAAAGCGAAAUGGCGAAAUAAGUACGUGGCGGUCAAGUACAUUGAAGACAUUUCCGAACAGCAUGCCUUCAUCACGGAAGUGAGCCACCUUUCGCGUGUCGCCCACCCAAAUAUCAUAGAACUCUACGGAGCAUGCACCGAGAUGCCGCACGUCUGUCUCGUGAUGGAGUACGCCGACGGUGGAUCAUUACACAAAGUCCUGCAUAGUCGGCCACGACCGGUCUACAAAGCCGCUCACGCUAUGAGCUGGGCACGACAAUGUGCAGAAGGUGUAGCUUAUCUGCACGAUAUGACGCCCCGGCCGAUGAUUCAUCGUGAUCUGAAGCCACCGAAUCUUCUGCUAGUCAACAAUGGGACGGUUCUAAAGAUAUGCGACUUCGGCACGGUUACUGAUAAAGCCACGCUGAUGACGAACAACAAGGGCAGCGCCGCCUGGAUGGCACCGGAAGUGUUUGAAGGCUCGACCUACACGGAAAAGUGUGACGUCUUCAGCUGGGGCAUCAUCUUGUGGGAGGUGAUAGCGCGGGAGCAACCAUUCAAGCACAUCGAUACCUCGUUCGCGAUCAUGUGGCGCGUACAUCAAGGUAGCCGGCCACCGCUAAUCGAAAAUUGUCCCAAACCAAUCGAACAACUCAUGGUACGCUGCUGGAGUCAAAAUCCGGCCCAUCGACCGUCAAUGAAGGAGGUGGUUAGCAUAAUGAACGGCCUAUGCAAGCUGUUUGUUGGCGAAAAUGAGCCAAUUGGCGAUGAGAUACUAUCCGAUGAUGAGGAGGAUUCCUACGGAAUGGACUAUCCCGCCGAUAGUAACAUGUCGGAAGGUACCAACUAUGGUUCCGACUCAAACAGCAGCCGUGGAACGAUAACAAACAGGAACUCUACCAUCCAACGAAUAUCGGAAGCACCCAAGGGUAGUCCACUGAGAAAUAUGUCGUCGGCAAUGUUGCAACCCAUCUUCGUUGAAGUCAACCCGUACGAUCAACCUGUAGACCUCCGAAGCUCAGCAUUACAUACAGCCAACAACCAGGGCACGGAAGGAUUAACAGUCACAAAAUGUACCAAUGCACCUAUGGACACGGUCAGCAGUAUCAACAGUUCGAUCAGCUUCGUCAACAACGCAGUCACCACGGGCGGCGGCAGUGAUCCAGCGCUCGUCAAUGUUGCACAUAAGAAGCCCUCACCGACCAACACCACUACGGGAACGGAAUCCGAUGAGCCGGGAGGAGGUGUUGGUGAUCCUGGGGACGGCGAUGGAGAGGGAAGAGGACACACGGGUCUGGGGAACAGUAGACAGAAUGAGGCGGCCCUCGGUGAUACAUUAUACAGUAUUUUGGAUCCCAACCUACGACCGCUAACGCCAGUGCCAAAUAAUCCGUUAUCGGAGCAGAUACACAACGAACACAAACUGUUGGUACAAAAAUAUUUCGAGUUUGAAACCCAAAUCGUUACCAGCAUGGCACAGCGGGAGAUGCUACAGAGUAACAUGCUACCGGAAGAGCUCGAAAUGAAGAAGGCCUACAUUAAGCGGCUCGAAGAGAGGGAGGCUUUGCUAAAAUUCAAAGCAAACUUGCAGAAGCAACUGAACGAGAAAAAUCGACAGCAGACGCGGCAUAUACAGCCACAGCACGUACCACCACCGUUGCAUCGGCAGGAAUCAGAUUCGGAAUGGGUUAUAGUCCAGCCAAACGAUUCCCGCCCAAGAACAGAACAAAGCCAUAAUUAAGUUUGUUUUAGUCUUAAGAACGAUUAGAAAUAAAUACCAUUGUAAGAAACCGUUAAA